UUCUCCCAGUUUCCUGCACUGGAGUUAGAUAAGUUUUUAGAGGAUGUGAGGAAUGGUAUUUAUCCUUUGACUGCAUUUGGAAUGCCCGUGCCUCAGCAGCCACAGCAGGAGACUGUAACAUCACCUAUUAUCCCACCGUCUGUGAAAACCCCAACGCCAGAACCUGCAGAGCUGGAGACUAGGAAGGUAGUUCAGAUGCACUGCAAUAUUGAGCCAGUUGAUGAAGGAGCCAAGCAUCAUUUAACUCUACUCUUGAAACUGGAAGACAAGUUAAACAGACACCUCAGCUGUGACCUGUUGCCCAAUGAAAGCUGUCAAGAGCUGGCGGCAGAGCUUGUUCAGCUGGGAUUUAUCAGUGAGAUUGAUCAGAGCCGGUUAACCACAUUGCUUGAAGAUGCGUUCAGCAAGUUCUUCUACAGCAGGAAUGGCUCCAUUUCCGAUGUUACCGUUUCAUCAUAGCUAUACUAGAGUCAUUGUUUGACGCAGCUAUUUCAUCACCGGUCUGAGACGGGCAAAAGACGGCAUCACAGGAAGCCAUACAUUCUGGCUCAAUUGCAUGUUGUAGUAUGGUGAUGAGUUCCCAGCUACAAAUGGUGAACAUCCCACCUUUGAAAAGUUCUGUUGUCAGUAUUAUGUCCAAUCUGUGCUUCACCCUGUGACUGUCGUAUUUUCUUUAGCCGUAUGACUCGCAAGGCGCUGCCACAUUGGAAAGGCGCUUUUCUCUUAAUCGAGGUAUAGGUGGGUUGGAGACAGGUAGGGUGGGAGGGGAGGGGGAAGAAGGUUGCUUAAUCUGACGUGGAUGCUCCACAGAAGAGCUUAAAAAGUGAGGGGUCUGCACAGAAUGAAGUAUCACUUGAUACGUUUUUGUGAACUCUUCUAAUACAUUGUAUCGCUUUAUAUAUGCCAGUGAUGUGCAUGUUUCCUCUAUAUGUUGUAUAAUCUUUGCACAUGUGUUUUCCAAGAUGUGGAAUGCUAGGUGAUUUUUAAUUACUUCCUGACAACGUUCCAGUAAACACACUUUUAAGAGGUCACCAUGUGAAAGAAAAGUCCCACUACUCGUCAAUGUUUAAAUUUUCUUAAAAUGCCAUGACUUUUAUGCACAAAUGUGAAAAAAGUGAUGGUCACAAACUUAAUGGUUAACUAGUCUUUUUUAACUGACCAUUUCAGUGAAAUAUUCAAAUUGGUUAAUAGAAUUUCAAUGAAUUCGUCUGGAUCCAAGCACAAAAUUGAAGCAUCUCGCUGUCAUUUCUCCAAUGUGUAUAAAAUUUCUGAAUCAGAGAAACAAACUUACAUUGCAAAUCAGUUCCAAAUCCUAAGAUUCAAAUGAUGCACCAAGGCUGCCUUUAGUCUAUCUGAAUGCUUUGUUGAAGCCUUCCUUCACCCUUGCCCACCCAUUUUUCAUCAAGCCAAACUAUGAAACAGAUCUAUAAUCCUUACUCUGUAGUAUUUUGAGUUGUGUGGCUGAGGCUAUUUAGUAAUGCCUUCUAUUUGUUUUAAUACAAGAGCACAUCAUUGCAAUUGUAUUGAGAAUUUGUUGGCCAUGUGUUUCUGAGAGGUCAGUUGGCCAAAGGAAGUAGAGAUGAUUCGUGUUUCAUCUUCUGCCCUGAGCCAAAUAGUGCACAAUGCCCAUAGCAUGAUAUGGGCAUAGUUUUUUGGCGAUUUUUGUUUUGAGCAGAGGGAAGGGUAAAGACCGCUUGCAAGAACCAGCUUGCCAGUAACCUUUUCUGAUUAUGUCUUGCAUUUUCUCAGCUUAGUUAUGUUUUCUUGUAUAUGUUGUGGAAUGUUUUCAAUCCUUUCUGCACAUAGACAAUGAAAUUUUGACCUGAAAGGAAUUGAGGAAUGAUGAUACAACACGGUGAAAGGAAAAAUUCACUGUUGGGUGGGGGAGCAUUGGAGAAUUAAUUUGAGUUGCUGUAACUUUUGGGAAUUGCGAAACACUGUAUUUGUGGUAUUGUUUAAAGCCCUGUCUGCGUUUAAUGCAGCAUUCGUUGGAGCAAAUAUACUGUACUGAAAAAGCAA